ACCCUAAACCCUCGCAUAUAAAGGUUGCCGCUUACAUCUCAGUCCUCUUUGGACGGAAGAAGAAUCCGAGCGCUUCAUCGUCGAAUUCGAUUAAAUGGGUAAGGGAACGGGAAGUUUCGGUAAGAGGAGGAACAAGACCCACACUCUCUGUGUGAGAUGUGGCCGCCGGAGCUUUCACCUGCAGAAGAGUCGAUGCUCCGCCUGUGCAUUCCCUGCCGCCCGUAAGCGUAAAUAUAACUGGAGCGUGAAGGCGAUCCGUAGGAAGACCACUGGAACUGGGCGGAUGAGGUACAUGCGCCAUGUUCCUCGCAGAUUUAAGAGUGGUUUCAGAGAAGGCACUCAAGCAGCACCAAGGGGCAAAGGAGCAGCAACAUCAGCUUAAAACGUUGAAGGUUGAUUGUGGCACAACUUGGUACCUUAUCAUAGUUUUUAGGAGGAUUAUGUCAUUUUUGGACGGUUAUCUAUAUGAAUUUUGUUUGAUGAUGUUAUUGCCUUCAAUACUGAAGCUCACUUUAAUUCCUUACUAUUUUGUUUAUGGAAUUUCUUAUGAUUGGAUUGAUAGCAUUUUCACAUUUUUUUUUUAA